GGCCUUGAUAAGUAGUAUAUAACCCUGGCGUUUAUGAAUGUAAUAGCUAAACUGUAGCUGGAAGUUUAAAAGGCCAAGCAUAAGUUGAACGUGUCAGUUUAGACCAGGUUAGACUGUAAUGGACAAGAUGCUUUACAUACUGUUGUUGCUGACUGUUAUUGUUGUUGAGGUGGCUGGGCAGCAACGUGUUGUUACGAGGGAAUGUAUUAUUAAACAACAAGUUUUAGCGCGGACAGGAUUUUGCAAUCGUGGAAGACGACGAGGAGAUACGUUGCCUUGUCGAGACUUUUGCUCUGGUCAGAUUAUCGAGGGAAGAGUUGCAUGUAUCAGAGCACGCCAUUGCUGUAGAAGACGAGGUGUUUGUAUACUAAAGCAACCUGAAAAUUUUAACGAAAAUGCGCCUUCAAUCGAUUUUCACGAUGCGGAACUUCAAUUUAAUCGUUCGUUUAUUCGCACAAUCACUGACCGUUCACCAGAACCCUCAUCAAGCCGCCCACAGCAAGACACACGAAAUUAUGCAAUAAGUUCUUCGACGUCAUUCUGCCUUACCUACCCAAACAACUGUAUUUUUAGACCAUUAAGUAUGAUACCAAGGGUCAAUAUUCCUUAUUGUCAAAGAAUACCAUGCUCUCGAGCUGAUUUUACACUUGACCACAACUACAUUGGUUGCAUAACAACUCCCGGCUGUCAGUUCGAUUACACGCUUUAUCGUUACCGCGGUGUUUUGAAUCAAGCAGUGUUACCUGGUGUACCGGUAUGCUACUUGGCGGUUCGUAACACCGCGUACCUACGACGAGUCCAAGAGCAUGUAUCAGUGUACGGCUCCUGGAAUCCACUUAUGGAAGAUUGCUUGCUUAACCAAUACAGGGAUGAGAUAUUUGGACCGAAUCAGCCGGGUUGUCAUAUGGUUGAUGUAUUGGAGUAUUAUGGUGAUGCACCAAAAUUAGCUGGCUGGAAAGGAAUAACUUCGGCCGAGUGUUUUCUGAUUGGAGCAUGCUGGAAAUCGGACGGUAAAUGUGUAUACCCUCUUCAAAUUGAACAAGUGGCAUUGAAUACCAGCACACAAAACUUGCCUACAGGUGUUCCAAGUAUAACAUAUUAUGGCCAGCCUAAGUGCCAGGAAUUUAAUGAAACCGCUGCAAGCGAGGAGUUUUUGUCACAACACCAUAAGUGCUUAAAGGCAGGCUGUACAAGCUCGGUAGACCACAAUCUUAUAUUACAACACUUGUACACUGUUAUGACGCAGAACCUGCCUGUUGACUUGCAAUACCAGUUUUGGGUGAUGGCACAAUUAGGGCAGGUUAGAGCGGAUAAUUGGAAACAGGUGGCAGACACUUUAAAAGCACAAAGUGUAGGUUCAAGGCCGAUUUUUAGCAAUUUCCAGUCGUUGGCUGGUAUUGUGAACGGUGCUACUAACAGCGCUGGCACAUUUGGAGUGAUCCCAUUUCGCCUCAAUGUGGGCACACUUCGCGGAAACAGCUCAACUACUCCUAGAGUUAACUUUGGGGUCAUCGGAAGCGGUUUGCCUGGGUAUGACUUAAGCAGUAUUGCGAGGUUAGGAAAUGUCGGUCUACUGCAACAGCUCGGUUUGAUCAGGAAGGAUCUUUUUGAACGCGACCUUAAAGUUCCUAACCGUCCGUGUCACUAUCAGAAUGUUGUUUGGCCCGGUCUACCGCCUUUGAACGGCAGUUUUGAAGGCUGUUGCGACCGCGAACGAUGUUUUACGCCGCGCUUUGCGUUGUAUACCCAACAGUUUUCGGGCGUCGCUUCUUACCUGGACGAGUGGUCGGUCUGGUCAACCUGUUCUAAAACUUGCGACGGUGGAAGCCAAUCUAGAAAGCGGCAUUGUGUGGGGAAAACCUGUGCGAUGGGACCAAGUGAAACCAGAAGUUGUGGAACACAGCCAUGCCCUGUAUGGCUCCCUUGGAGUCAGUUUUUGCCGUGUAGCAAAUCUUGCGGCGGUGGGGUUAUGCGGCGGAUACGUUUAUGCCGCAGUGGAAACUGUACUGGUUUAAAUGAGCAAACCCAGUCUUGCAGAACAGGCGAAUGUCCGAGUUUUGGAACGUGGAGCACCUGGACUCCGUGUAGCGCUCAGUGUGCGACUGGAUUUAGAUUUCGAAAUCGUACUUGUUUAGCGGGCGGGGAAUAUGGCUGUCCACCUAUCACCACAGAGGCAGCUUUAUGCCAUGAUUACUGCGGUACGAUCUCGUACACGGAUACUCCAUGCAACGCUACAACUUGUUACGCCACGCGAACUUUUAGUUGCUUGAAAGAAGAUGGCAGCCCUGGUUUCUGCCGGCCAAAUUUAUUGAUACCAAAAGAAGUUCGUUGUUAUAUUAACAACUGUUACUGCUUACAUUUCCCUGAUCAGAUCAGCUGCGUUUUUCGCUCGACCAGUUUACGAGAGUUGGAAAAUUAACAUUAUUUUACAUUCUUAAUAGCUGUUUUUUUGCCUUUUAUUGCUUUUUGAUCAUUUACUACACCGCAUUGUACUUUUGACUUAGUUUUUGUCAGUUUUAAAUCUUUUCUCAUGCUGAUUGUUAAGUGACUAUAUACUGCAACUAACCGUGCUACUAGUAUUCCAACGAAAGUUCCAGGUAAAAACAAAGUCCCGAUAUCUGUACGACAAUCGGCACUUUUAUUUUUAAAAAUGGUUGUCUUAAAUAUUCUUUAAGCAUAUUAAACAACACCUUUUUUCGUUUUACUUUGAUAUUGGACAUACGCUAUAGUUGCUAUAUUGCUAGCCUGUCCUCUCAAUUCAGCUUUAUCACGAGGGAGAACCAAAGCGCAGUCGGGCGGGACCGACACUCAUGAGCAAUUCUUGUUAUUUCAGUUUGAUUGUUUCCUCGGUCAUUAAGUUGGUCACCGUCUGACUAAAAAAACGACAUAACUUUUACUUUAUAGUAUUUGGUUCAUGAAGUAUUCAAAUCCGUGUCCUGUUCUACGCAGAAGACACAAUUUCCGUGUUAAGGUGUAUAUAUUGUUCUUCUGGUUGGAUGCAUGGAUUUAACUUAUUUACCUUCGCGUGGCGGCAGCAACGACAGUCGUUAAAACAUAGGUUUUCUGUUUCAUACACCUCGUGCCCUUUAACGAGCUACCAAGUACGUAACUUAGUGGGUGAUUAUACUUUUGAUUACUUUGUCUAUGGGUUGUUUAAAUUGUUAUAUAUUCAAUCCCAUUUUCGUGAAUUGCUGCCGCAACGUUUUAUAGGAUAACCCCGGGAAGCAAAACUAUGGGAAUGAAUUUAAGCUAUAGUAAACCGAACCUAUUCAGGUGUGAGUCAACUCAAACCUAUUCGGAGGAACAUAAACGAAGAGCUUUUAAGGAAUUAUAAAACCGUAUCUUCACGACUUUCAUUUUUCGCUGUUAGUUGUUUAAAACGCCAUUAGGAUAUUUGGAUAUUGUGGUAUGAUACUGAUUAAAGCGAAUCUAUCAGACCUCUACAUUUGUGUAUUUGUGUGUAUAGGCUAUAUGUAUAGUAGUGUUUAUACGAUACAAAUCAAAUACAAACAAAAGUAAUUGUAUUUGUUUAAAAAAACGCAAAGUCAUACACUCUUAAAUACCAAAUCUCAUCCCUAUAUUACACGGGUAUCUGUCCG